AUGCCCGAGCCCACUAAACCUUCGCAAGGCGAAUACGUGCUGAUUCGCAGCAAUGCCGAGAGUGAAAGGCUAGAAAAGCAAUUCAAUUCCUGGCAAGCCAACAUCGGCUAUCUCAUCCACCCUUCCAUCGCACAACAUGAUGAUAUGCGCAUUGCAGACGUCGGGACCGGAACAGGAAUAUGGCUACAGCAGCUCGCAAAAGUCCUCCCGCCCAGCACUCGACUCGACGGCUUCGACCUAUCAGACUCGAUGUUCAGCAGAGACAACCUACCAGGGAACAUCAAGUUCCACUACCAGAAUUUCCUGCAGCCAUUCCCGGAAGAGGUUCUUGGGAAAUACGAUCUUGUUCAUGUGCGCGUUAUGGUGCUCGCGCUGUCUUCGGAUGAAUGGGAGCCUGCUGUGAGGAAUCUUAUGACUCUGCUCCGACCGGGUGGUUAUCUCCAGUGGGUUGACUGCGCCGCCCACGACUGCGUAGUGAAAGGACCGGACGGGGCAAACCCUACGCACGCCCAGCGUUAUAUGGACAUAUUCCAGUCGGGGAUGAUGGCUGUUGGGAAGACGCCAAAUAUUGCCGCGCUGAAGGGCAUCUUCCAGAAAAGCGGACUGGCAGACUGCGAAGAACAGGUGUUCACUCUUGUUAAUCCUAAAGCGCGUGAGGAUGUCAAUGUGACAGUGGUUGAUGGGAUCACGCAUUUUCUGCUUGCGGCUUUGAAACUUGGGAAGAAGGGGCUGGUGGGUUCGGAGGAGGAAAUUGUGGCUUUGCGACAGGCUGCGCUGGAUGAUUUCCGUGAUCUGGGUUGUUAUUAUUGUUAUGAUGUUCAUGUGGUGGUUGGGAGGAAAUAA